UCCAAAGAUUACGUGUCAUAAUUAAUUGAUUUAACUAUGACGAUUGCGAUUUACUUUAAUCAGUGCUGGCGAAGAUGUUGAGGGUUACUAUAGUGUUGUUAGUGUCUAUAUUCGGAGCGGCUUUGGCCUAUGAGCCUGCUGCCUUCGUCGAGAAUGUUCGCGGAGUCCAGCGCAUCGUGUCGGGCUGGGAGUCUCAACCGGCGCAGUUCCCGCACCAGCUCAACAUCCGCAUGGUGUCCCUGACUGGAGGAGUGUCGUCGUGCGGCGCUUCCAUCAUCAGCGCCGACUGGGCGCUCACCGCUGCGCACUGCACCGCUGGACGCGUGACAUUCGUGGUCCGCGCCGGAGCAGUGAACCUGACCCGGCCCGAGUUCUUCUUCGAAGCUUCAGAGUACUACAACCACCCGGAAUACGACGACUCCCGCCCCACGCUGGUGCAGCCCCACGACAUCGCGCUGCUCAAGUUUAACCGGGAGCUGCCGUUCUCUGACAGGAUCCAGCCAAUCAGGAUCCAGAGCUCAGCGGACAAGGACAAGAACUACGACGGAGACCGACUCAUCGCCAGUGGAUGGGGACGGACCUGGACCAACGGUGAAUCCCCCGUGACCAUGAACUGGGUGUUCCUGUCGGGAGUGAGCAACGAGCAGUGCCUGAAGGACUACAACAACAGCGCGAUCAUCACAGAGUCCACCAUCUGCGCCGGCCCCUACAACGUCACCAGCCAGUCCACCUGCCAGGGAGACAGCGGUGGCCCGCUCACCAUCGUGGACACCGACGGCACCGUCACCCUGAUCGGAGUGACCUCCUUCGUGUCUGCAACCGGCUGCCACACCCCCAUCCCUGCUGGAUUUAUCCGCCCCGGCUUCUACCAUGACUGGAUCACCAACGUUACCGGAGUGGACUUCGACUGGGAACUCGAUCCCACCUUGACUACUACUACUACGGAAGAAGAGUCCACCACUACUGACGAACCAUCUAGCACUACCACCGAUGGCACCACCACUGAUGGCACCACCACUGAUGGCACCACCACCGAUGGCACUACCACUGAUGGUACCACUACUGAUGGUACUACCACCGAUGGUACAACCACUGAUGGAACUACUACCGAUGGUACCACAACUGACGGUACCACCACUGAUGGUACUACCACUGAUGGUACAACCACUGAUGGAACUACUACCGAUGGUACCACAACUGAUGGUACCACCACUGAUGGUACUACCACUGAUGGUACCACCACUGAUGGAACCACCACUGAUGGUACAACCACUGAUGGCACUACCACUGAUGGUACAACCACUGAUGGUACCACCACCGAUGGUACAACCACUGAUGGUACCACCACCGAUGGUACAACCACUGAUGGUACCACCACUGAUGGUACCACCACCGAUGGUACCACGACUGAUGGCACCACUACUGAUGGCACUACCACCGACGGUACCACCACCGAUGGUACAACUACUGAUGGCACUACUACCGAUGGUACAACCACUGAUGGUACAACCACUGACGGCACUACUACCGAUGGCACUACUACUGACGGUACCACCACAGAUGCCACUACCACUGAAGGAACCACCACUGAAUACACUACCACUCAACAAACUACCACUGAAGAGCCAACUACCACAGAAGAGCCAACUACCACCACUACUGAAGCACCGACCACCACUACUGAAGCUCCGACCACCACUGAGCAACCGACAACAACGAUUAGAACCACGACGGAGGAGGAUAUAUUCACUUUCCCCACCAUCGGGACUGUGGGCGACAUGCCGGCGCCCACCGAGCCCACUGGCUGGUACUGGUGGUAAUUUAAACCAAAACUUGUCGCAUUUUCAUGUGUGUAAUAUGAUUUGUUCCUUGUUUUAGGUUUUUGAAAGCAAGAAUUAUUAUUUGAUUUUAUUAAAAUUGUUUGCUUAGAA